ACAACUCCUAAGUAAAACGCCGCGAUCCAAUUGGCUUCUUGCAUAGCUGACUGAGGCGAAAGGAAAAAGGAGAGAGAAGAGUCCCACUAAACCCAACAACAGAAGCCGCAACAUUUCACACACCUUCGAACCUCCAAAUACAGAGAGAUGCAGAGGUUUAAAGGGGUUUUACAAUCCACAAAUUCACUUCAUAAAUUUGGCUUUCUCUCUCCUUUUAGAACCUAUUUGGCUCAACCUAGUUACUUACCUCAAUAUGAUCGUGAGGAAGAUCAGGUUUUGGUUGAAGGAAGAGCAAAUUCAAGGGCAGCAAUUCUCAACAGACCUUCUUCACUCAAUGCCAUUUCAACUUCUAUGGCUAGUAGGCUUAAGAGAUUGUAUGAAUCAUGGGAAGAAAACUCUGAUCUUGGGUUUAUCAUAAUGAAGGGAAAUGGGAAGGCUUUUUGUUCUGGUGCCGAUGUUGUUAGUCUCUAUCAGCUGAUUAAUGAAGGGAAAGUUGAAGAGUGUAAGAGCUUUUUCGUUACAUUGUACAGAUUUGUAUACCUCAUGGGUACUUAUGUUAAGCCUCAUGUGGCUAUCUUGGAUGGGACCACUAUGGGAGCUGGUGCUGGUAUAUCUUUAUUAGGAAUGUUCAGAGUGGCGACUGAUAGAACAGUAUUUUCUCAUCCAGAGACACAACUGGGUUUCCAUCCUGAUGCUGGGGCUUCUUUUUUCCUUUCUCGUCUACCUGGUUAUCUAGGGGAAUACCUGGCUCUGACUGGAGAUAAACUGAAUGGUGUUGAUAUGAUUGCUUGUGGUCUUGCUACUCAUUACUGCCUAAAUGCGAGACUUCCGUUGAUAGAAGAGCGCCUUGCUAAAUUGUUCACAGACGAUCCAUCUGUGGUAGAAAGUUCGCUUGCUCAAUAUGGUGACCUUGUCUACCCUGAUAAGAGUAGCAUUAUCUACAAAAUCGAAACAAUUGAUAGAUGUUUCAGCCAUGAUACAGUUGAGGAGAUUGUUGAUGCUCUGGAAAAGGAGGCAGCUAAUUCUUCUGAUGAAUGGUGCAAGGCUACCCUGAAGAAACUAAAAGAAGCCUCUCCAUUGACCUUGAAAGUCACUCUACGAUCUAUCCGUGAUGGGAGAUUUCAACCUAUCGACAAAUGUCUAGCUCGGGAAUACAGAACAACUGUUAAUUGCAUAUCCAAAAGAGUUUCGAAUGACUUCUGUGAGGGUGUUAGGGCACGCUUGGUUGACAAAGACUUUGCUCCUAAAUGGGAUCCUCCUACUCUUGAAGAUGUAAGCAAGGAUAUGGUGGAUUGCUUUUUCUCACCACUCGGAGAAUACGAGCCUGAGCUUGACCUGCCUACAUCACUGCGAGAACCAGAUAUGUGAUAGCCGAUGUCUUCUGUAGCCCAGUCCAGAGUUUUGUAGCAUUGAUGUUUACUUGUAGAAUAUCGAGUCCCUAGAUUUUUUAUUUUUUUUUUCUUAUACAAGAAAUUACUUUAGCUGCUCAAAGAAGAGAUGAUUGACUGUUUUGAAACAGUUGGAUUUGUCUAGGGUGAGGCUGAGAAUAUCACAAGUUGUUCAAAUUGAUGUCUUGUUUACCAAAAUCCUUAUCAAGAUCAAUAAUUACUACUUUCUGGUUAUUUA